CAAGUGCAGCCAGACGGCUCGCUCAAGAACAUGCAUAUCGCCUACUUCCCAGAGUUGGCUCUCUUGUUUGCGGAUAUCAGAUUUCCCCAAGACCAAAGCCCAAAUAAUGCGUCUAUCCACCUGACGUGGCGACCACCACAUGGAGAAGCGAAGGAGUUGGAUGUGCCUCUCCUUCCGGACACCACCUCUCUGGAGAGGAUCGAAGUGACCAUGCAUUCCAGCCCGACAAGUGCAUACAAGAUGGGGGAAACACACAACAAAUGGCUAUCCACAUGUCUGGGCUACGACACCGUGCUAGCAUAUCUUGGUGAGAACGAGCGUCCGGUCCUGAUGAGCACACAUCAAAAGAGCAACCAGCCUCAAAUCCAACAAGGAGGAGGCUGGCUGUCCUCCAUCACCAGCAAACUACCCACCUCGCUCGGCACGAUCAUCUCAGGCGAUACUGAGCCCGACGACAAAAUCACCUUUGCCGAUUGCGCACCCUUCCUCGUUGUCAAUGAAGCCUCUCUCCACGACGUCAGUCGCCGUCUUCCAGAGAGCGAGGAAAUGGACAUUUCAAAGUUUAGACCCAACAUCAUCGUCAGUGGAGCCGAGUCAUGCUGGGAAGAGGACUAUUGGUCAGAACUACAGACCUCUAGCGGUGUGAAAUUACAUCUGGUGCAGAAUUGUGUUAGAUGCGUAAGCUUGAAUAUCGAUUAUGCGACUGGCAAGCCCGGCGAAGGUGAAUCUGGAAAGGUGCUCAAAAAGCUGCAGAGUGAUCGGAGAGUGGACAAGGGAUCCAAGUAUUCGCCUGUCUUUGGCAGAUAUGCGUUCUUGGGUAAAGGUGACGAAGGCAAGUCUUUGGCUGUUGGGGACGAGGUCACGAUCACUAAGCGCAAUGCUGAGAGGACGACGUUUGACUGGCCGGGGAUCUCUAGCACACCCCUCCCGACUGCAUCCUAGAACCGCAAUCCGCCAAAAGAUCGAUGAGAAUUUUGUCAUUGCUGCUCUCACUUGGAAAAGCACAUUUCUGAUGCUUGUUCACAGCUACAUUUUGUGAUAAGCAAGCAAAUCAAGCACAUACGGCCACAGUCAGCUGAAAACUGGGCAUCCCGUCCGCUCUGCCAUACA